AUGGAACUUCUCGCCGGCGGCGGCAACAACUGUCGGAAACGACCCGCCGACGACUUCACCGAAGAUGUUGACCCAUUCGAUACCUCCGAGUGGAUGUACGGUGGUGGUGGCCGUUCACUGAGAACACAAGGAAACGACGACGCUUUGGCUACGCUUGCAGACUUGGCGCCGCCUCCUCAGAAACUGAAACCCAUCAGGUGCGUCGUGAAGCCUCCCUCUGAGGAGGAUCGACAUCCUCUUGAUAUUCUCGCCGGGAGUCUAGAUAGGCUGCCGCCGGAGAUGGGGUUUUUAGGAGAGGGUUGCUUCGAGGAGGCUCCUUUGGGUUCGAAGAUUGCUGAUGUGGAGGAGAGUGGUCAAUUGGCUCGUGGGUUUGACAAGGAUGAGGUUCAAGGUCGAGUCUCUAGACAUGAUGGUGUGUCUUUGAGCUCGUCUGCGGAUAGCGAUAGCGACUCUUCCCAGGGGGCUGGUAAGGGUAAAAGAAAGCGGAAAACAAGAGAAAAGAUGGAGCAUUUCGUGGAGAAGCUGGUGGGGAGUAUGAUGAAGCGGCAAGAGAAGAUGCAUAACCAACUUAUCAAGGUGAUGGAGAAGAUGGAGCACGAGAGGAUACGCAGUGAGGAAGCUUGGAGGCAACAGGAAAUAGAGAGGAUGAAACAGAACGAAGAGGCACGGAUGCAAGAGAUGUCACGCAGCUCUUCUCUCAUUUCUCUCAUCAAAAAUGUUAUUGGUGAAGGUAUCGUGAUCCCCAACCUCACUAUUCCCCCUCAACCAUUCCCUAAGUUCCCCAAACAAUGUGAAUCGGCUCAGAGACAAGGAGAUGUGAAGUUUGUGUUUCCAAGCGGAAGAAGAUGGCCGCAUGAGGAAGUGCAGGCGUUGAUAGAUAGUAGAAGCCAAGUGGAGGAGAAGACAGGGUGGUACAAGGUUGCUAUAUGGGAUGACGUAUCAGCAAAAAUGAAGGAAAGAGGGUAUGAAAGAUCUGCUAAAAAGUGUAAGGAGAAGUGGGAGAACAUGAACAAGUACUAUAAGAGAGUGAUGGAAAGUAGCAAGAAACAGCCUGAGCACACCAAGACUCGCUCAUACUUUGAGAAACUAGGAAACUUUUACAAGACCAACUCAGCAGAGAAGGAGAGUGAGGAUGUUAAGGAGUAA